AAAUAAAUAAAACCUAAAAGAGUCCAAAGAGCGGCGUUGCCUAAUUGGGUGAAGGGCUGAGGAAAAUCUGUCUGAUUAGCCUUCUCCAACAGACGGGGAUUAAGCUUUUAGUCUGUAAUUAUUAUAAAGCAUACGUCAGCAGAUAUCCACCCAUUUCAGACAGACAGCGGAGCGGAGGGAUGUCCUGCUAGGUGACUGUGCGCCCUGUGAGACCCGGCGAGACGUGGAGACCCCGGAAUAAGGAGCGGGACUGGAGCAGGAACAGGAAUAUCCUCCUGAGUCAGUGCCACGACGCUGACACACCACACUCCCCGGCACGGCUGCCUCUGCUCCGAUAAUAAGCAUCCUAUGCUCUUCUGCUCAAGAUGGCGGUGCAGGCAGCGGAAAAGGACGGAAUAGUGUUGAAGAAUGUGGAGGAUGACCAUCUGAACGACUCGCUGGGAAACCCCGGCCUCAUCUCACCUGACAAGGAGGAUUUAUCACGUCUCCUGACGGUGCCAUUCAGCGGGCGCAUCCGGGGCGGCAUGCGGCCAGGGAAGAAGAUCAUAGUGAUGGGCAUUGUCGACCUGGAGCCAGACAGCUUCAACGUGAGCCUGACCUGUGGCCGUGACUCAGAGAAGGAAGAGCCGCCACAAGAUGUGGCCCUAAAACUCACCGCCCGCUUCGGUGACCGCCAGUUUCUGCGCAGCGCCCGCGUUUCUGGGAAAUGGACGGAGGAGGAAGCUUCCACCGCCUACUUCCCCUUCAUCCCUGAUCAGCCUUUUAGGAUUGAGAUCCACUGCGAGCACCAGAGGUUCCGGAUAUUCGUGGACGGACACCAGCUCUUUGACUUUUAUCACAAAGUAAAAUCUUUGCCCUCUAUCGACACAGUACGGAUACAAGGAGAUCUACAGAUCACCAAGCUCGGUUAGCUUCCCUGCUCUUCCUGCUCUGCAGUGUGAACCAAGAACUUGAUCACAGAUGACCCCACACACACACACACACACACACACACACACACACGCACACACACACACGCACACACACGCACACGUAUGCGCCUGUUAUGUCAUCGUCCAUAAACCAUCAUGCAACCCUGCAGCAACAUAGCAACUGGAAAAAGUCUCCGGCUGUGACAAGUUAGAGAUCUUCUGCUUAAUUAUAUUUCCUUCUUUCCAUUUAACGAGGAUCUGAUGUGAUGAGGCUUUGUGGGUGAAUGUGUUUGCUCCAUUUUCAGGUAUUUUUUCCUUGUAGCUCCAGUUUUGGCAGAUCAGGGAUCUCAAGGCUUAUUAAUAGUGCAUUCAUUUUUUAUGCUGAAUCCUUUAGGGAUGCAGAGGUAGAGGCAGGUGUGGAACAAUUUUCAAGGAUGGAAAACAAGCUGAGAUGUUAUAGAAACCAGUUACUCAGGAAAAUGUAUCUGGAACUUAGCAGCUACGACGAAAGCAAACGCAAAUGCUGACUGAUUAAAUGUUUGAACUUAAAUUGAGGGAAGUUCUGCAACUCGAGGGUGUAAAAAAAAUUUGUUGAUAAACUGGAAAACGCAUGUUGAUCAAGCUUAAAAAUAGACACUAAUUUAAUUUUCACUCAAUAUGCUGUAAAUCCCUGCAGUAUUGAACCUGAGCAAUGUUUAGAUAUUCAGUCUGAGCCUUGACUAAUU